UUUAAUAAAACGAGGAAAAAGAAAAAGAAAUAAUAAUUAAUGAGUGAAUAAAGAGAGCAAAUUAGUUUUUGCCCUAACCAUCGUCUUCUUCUUCUUCAUCUUCUUCUCUCUCACUGUAGAGUUUCUCCGACUAUCCUUUCUUCUCUCACACUCUCUCUGCUUUAUCAGCUCUCAUCCACCUUCGCAUUUCUUUCAGUAAUAGCGGCACCAGAUCUUCAGUUUUCUUGUCUUCAUUCCACGGUAUAAAAAGUUGGUUGUGCAAAUAGAAGAAAACUAAAGAUGAGUAUUGGUGGUGAAAAAGGUUCUGCAUCAACAAAGACACCAGCGGACUUUCUCAAAUCAAUUCGGGGUCGUCCCGUAGUUGUGAAACUCAACUCUGGUGUUGACUACCGAGGUAUUCUUGCCUGUCUCGAUGGAUACAUGAAUAUAGCAAUGGAGCAAACCGAAGAAUACGUUAAUGGACAGUUGAAGAACAAAUAUGGCGAUGCUUUCAUUCGCGGAAAUAACGUUCUGUACAUCAGUACAUCAAAGAGGACAUUAGCAGAAGGGUCGUCUUAGCAACGCUAAGAAUUCUGACAGGAAAUGAGAGAUUGGUCGGAAUUGGAAAUUGAUCAUGAAAUUGUGUUGUGUACAAUGAAGUAGUGAAUCCAAUCAUGGCGCCAUGAUGUUAUGUUCUUGUGCUUGUGAACAACUUCGACCAAAAGUCUUGUUUAGUAGAAAUGAAAUGCAAACUAUGAACCUUUGGACCUUUCUUUUAUUGGAAUUACUAUUCUGAUAUGCCUGAGACUCAAAUAACAAAUCCCUUCUUCUUAA